AUGGAAAGUCCUCUUCACUCCGGCCACGGGAAUAAUCGAGCUUCUUCCUUGGGAAGAAAAGUCAUGAACGUCGACUUUGCGGUAAGAAAGUAUGCUAAAUGACAACUCAUAUCAAUUUCAGUUUGCUUUCUAUCAAGAAAUGUAUAUUUUCUGUUCUAAGUUUUACCAAAAGCAUUGGAAAUGUGUACAGAUAGUGGUGCGAAUAACUGCUAUCUAGCAGUGAUUGCUUCGUUUAUAAAGUUUCAAAUCUUCCCGCGCAGGGCUGCUAUUCUCUAGAUAUGUGGAUAUAAUUGAGAUUCGGGAAAAUACUAGUAGUAAUCGUAUAUGAUAGGUUGAGGUUAAAGUAUCUGUUGAUCAAAUGUGCACGGAAGUAACACAGAGUAAAUAGACUUUUUCACGGUUUUUUCAACUUUUUAUAUGGACCUGGACCAGUUAGGGAAAAUCCAUCGACACCACUGAAAAGAGCGCUUUAAAAUUAAUAGAAUUGCCAGUUUUGAAAGUGAAACCUCGAGGGAGGUUGUCUCUUAUCGCGAUUUCAUUUUGUGCGCUGUCACUACUUUUUGGGCCAUGUCGCUUGUCGAAAUUUACCCUGGCAAGGCCUCAUGCAAACGUCUGUAAAAUUUCGCGACUUUGAGGAGCUGUAUCUUCAUUAGCAUUCAAUGAAUCACUUUCAAACUUGGCAAUUUUUCUCAUUUUAAGGCGAUCUUUUCAGUGGUGUCAACGGAUUUUCCCGAACUUGUCCAUGUCAAAAGUUGGAAAAAAAACGUGAAAAGGUCUACUUUCGAAGAUAUCUCCAUGGCCAAAAGGGAGGUAUAUCUCAAACUUUAGGGAAUCAAAAAGUAGUGGCUGGGCAAGAGGGAGUUCCAUUUUCUGAUGUCAAGAGAUAUCGAUAAUGUCGAAAUUGAAAUUCAGAGUUGUGUAAUUUGCGCCAAUAAUAUUAAUGCAAAGUGUGUCAUGCAAACAUCAGAAAACAUUUUGCACCAUUGUCAGUGCAUAGAAUACAAAUAAUGUAGAUUAUUUCCAAAGCCGGGGAGAUUGUAAAAAGGUCGCUAAACAGUCCAGAACUCUGUUUAUUUUCUGCUCACACUGUUUCAAUUUUCCAUUCAUCAAAACACUGUGCAAUAAUAAUUAUAUAUUAGGUGUCAUUGUUAACUGUAAAGAUAUUCUUUUAGAAAAAAGAAAGGUAAACUUGCUGCAUGUUAGCUUUUUUUGUUGCCUAGCAUAUGACCAUGGUCUGCCCAUGAUGUAAUAACUCAAGAUGGUGCUAAAAUGGCAGAUGAACAUUUGAAAAAAGCAAAGUUGUGAAAGGUCACUGUUGAAAGUUAUGAAAGGUCACCGUUGAUUUACAGAACAUGACAUUCACAGUAAGAGAAAGUGUAUAGUGUUGUUUUCUUUUUCACCGUGAAAGGACAUUUUUCCACAAUGUCGUUUUCUAAUUUUUCAUUAGCCAUAUUUCCUGUUGUAAAGAAAUAAGCAACUUGCAUGUACUUCUACAACCAAAAUCAGUCACCUUAAAAGUACACUCAAAUUUACAUGUAAAAGGACUGCAAGGGCUCAUGUAAACAUUUACAUACAAGUUUUUUGCGUGGAAAUCUGCACAAAAUUUAUGCGCGUGUAAGUGCUGCAAUGCCUGUGGCCUGUACUGUAUGCUGAUGACAGAUCUACAGACUCUGGUAGCCAACCACUUGAACUUUCUAACCUUCAGCUUUGUACAAAGAAUGUCAUGACUUGGAGCUCUUCAAUGACCUCAUGUGCAACCCUGGCAAGACUGAAGUUUUUCAUCUCUUGUCAUAUUAUGGCAAUUGUGAGAUACAGUGUAAUUAGAGAGAUCUGGGUUAAUGGUGCCAGUGUUUUUCCAAUACCUGCCGCUUAAGAUCUUGGAGUGACUAUAGGCAAUAAGCUGCAGUUGGACAAACUUGUGAAUAACAAAGGAGGUUGAAUGAACAGUCUCCUUCAAUUUCAUCUCCUGUUCACAUAUCCAAACUAAUUUCUUGUUACCAGCCAACGAGAAGUUUUAGAUUUCUUCUAUCUGUAAUUACUUGUCGGUUACCAACUGCUCUUCUCAGUCAUCAUAUGGGGAUAGAUCUUUUCUUCAGUGAUAGUAAAAUGCACAUAUAUCAGAAUUUAGAACUCUGCUGUAGCAAAACUUUGUUAUUAUGUGAAUAUAUUAAUUUGAAGGUGCCAGGUAAACAUUAUAACAUUACUGGACAUGUAGUAAUAGAGAUCUCUGCUUUUCACGCAGAGCAAGUCCAGAGAGGCUUUGCAGAAGCCCCUUCAUCAAAGAUGUGAAGAAAUUGACAAGUUAAUUGAGGGUUCCUCUACACAGGUAAUUACUUAUUGAUCCUUUGAUAUAGGAAACUCUCCUGUGACAUUACUUGCAGAGUUAUUGUGUACAAGGAGUCUACUUCAAACAUUUAGCCAAGUUGUUUAAAACUCAGUUCUAAUCCUGGGUCAAUUGUAAUUUAAACCUGUGUUGUGCUUAUCAUGCUUUGAAAAACUCAGCCCUUUAUUUCUACAGUACAUCAAAGUUUUGACAUUAGGUGUUCUAUGGCCAACGCCAUGCAGCAAGGAUGUGCUCAACAACAAUAAAAGAGGAAGGGAGCCCAGUGCUCUGAACCUGUCAAAUUCAAGGGGGUGCAGAAUUUCAUUUUUAUGAAAAAUAAUGAUCUCUUAAUCAUCCAAGAGCAAAAGUAAGGCGACAGGGGCCACUGGGCACACUGCACAUGAGCACAGCCCUAAUGUGGUAUGACCAUGGUAAGUGUCUGUAUUAUCAGUACAAUGUGAGCCAGGCUAAAUACUGAUUGUGCUUUCCUUUAUCUUGCAGAAUUUGCAUGGCUUUUUUCCACAGCUUCUCAGUAACAUCUUUGGCUAUUCAGGCAACACAGAUUGGGGCCUAAAAACUCUGUCUCGUGAUAGUAGAGAGUUUGCCAAUGUGCGCAAGUUUUUAUCUCCUGGUGGUACAGUCUUCAAACUGAUAGACUUACUUCAGGCUGAUGAUCAACACAGAUAUGAGUUCUUUAUCAGUUGUCUUCCUGUAAGUAUGGUUUAUCAGAUCAAUUAAGGUUUCUUGGUACCCCUCCCCUAAGGCACCAUUAACACUUCUCACCAAGGGAAAAAUUGUGACUUAGGGGAGGGGUAGAUGGUCAGUUAUCCAGAAACCUCAACUGAUCUGGAAAUUCUUUGUUGAAGUGUGAAAUCUGCUGUUUAAUACAUGUAACAAAGACUUAUACAUGCAAACAUUUCUGUUUUACGGAAUGUUUUACCCUUAAGUAUUAAUGUGACAGCUGUUAUUUAGAAGCAAUUUUUAUGCAAAAAGUGAAUUUUGUGAAAGGAAAAUUGUAAGCACUGAUAAUUGAACAGCACAGCUUGCUGAAACUAUUGCAAUGUAUUUGUUGCUUAGCUUUGUUGAAUUGCAUACAAUGUAACUUCAAAACACAGCUGAUUUGCAUUCUAUUCUUAAACAACAUGUGAAACAGUGAAUCAUGGGGAGUGACCAGUCAAGUCCAGUCUUGGCCCUGUCUCAAAUUUCACUUCCUGUCAUACAAUGUGCAUUGCAUGAAAGACGUUGGAAGAGACAGGGCGAGAACUGGAUCAGAUGCAUGGUGGUCAGUGGCAUGGUCAAAAGUAUUGUUAACAGAAAAAUGAUGUAAUCAAAACUGACUUGUCCAAAUCAUAGGUGUGACAAAUGUUUGCAGUCAAAUUCCCAGUUAUUAUUAUGCUGGACAUUGUCUGAUGAUAGGCUAUUGUUUUCAGCCUGAUAUUAGUUAAAGUAACAAACCUUGAACCCGAACUUGGUUUGAGUUUCAUAAAGCUUCAGAACCAGGACAUCCAGAUCUGACGCUGCAAGUGUUGACCACUCUUUGCCACUGCACCUCAAAGAAUCACUAGACUUAUUUCAGUCAGAGGCAUAUAAACCCCGAAGCGUCCAACUUCCUCUUAUCUGUUUAGAACCAUGCUGGGGUUUUUCGGCCGUCCAAUCAGAAGCACGUAAACUUUUUAGCUCAAAUGUGGAAUCAGAGGUUUGAAGGCAUCCCCAUCUAAAAAGUAGCUAAUUGUAAAUUCUUCAAGUCCUUAAGGUGGCUCAAUACAGUUUUUUUUUUUAUUGGUUCUCAAGACCAGCAUUGGAACAGAGUUAUACUCUUCACGGCUAUAUGCUUCUGUUUUGAUAAAUUAAUAAUUAUUGUAGGGGCACUUAGAAUAAAACCUCCAAGUGACUUCUGAUAAAUUUCUAGAUUCUUCUACCAAUUUGUCAUGUAUGUGUAUAUAUGUUACAGGCCAAAUUAAAAUUAAAUUCAGGUUCAGUUCUUUUUUUACCCUAGCUUGAUUCUCUAUUUCCUUCGCCUCUUAUCCCUAACUAUUCAUGAAAUUUACCUUUAACAUAUUAUGGCUCUGCAGAUCUAAGAAGAAUUUGAUAAUUUAUUAUAUCAGGACCAAUUUGACGCAUUUUCCCCAUGUCCCUUUAAUUUCGUCUAAACCAACAACUUUGAUUUUAAAGGGAAAUUUGAUUUGAAGGCACUGAAAGUACAGAGGCUGUACAUCAAUCCAUGAUUUUUGCAAGUCUGUUCUCACUGGUCCCUCUGGGUACUGUGUUGCAGUUACUGUAAAUUUUCAGUUAUUAUUACGAUUGUUUCUCUUUCAGUUUCCAACACGAGCAUCAUUAUCAGAAGGUAUGAUUCCAGUUUUAUAUCAUGACAAAGUACCAAUCAGAACUCCAGGAGAAACUAUCAAUGCUGUUUUACUCAGUAUCUUUUUAACAUGUCAAGAAUCCUCUACUCAUGCUGAACUAGUACAGUAAUUAACCCCUUCUUCAAAUCCUAUAGAGACAUUGAAAGUACAGUCGACUCCUGAUAACUUGAACCUUCAAGGGAAAUCGGAAAAAGUUUGAGUUAUCAGUAGUUUGAGUUAUCGGGAGCUUGAAGAAAAUAGCCGGAAGUAAGAAAAAACAGUUUUUAUCAUACAGGAAACAUUUUAAAACUUGAAAGAUACUUCUAAUUUUAAUAUAAAGCUGUUCAUGUUAGAUUUGUGACAAACAUGUAUGCCUACAGCAAGUCAAUGGGAAAUUCAAAAUUCAAUGUUUCGGAUGCCAGUACACUGUUUUGUCGCAACUUAAACGCUCAAAACAUGGUUCAAGUUAUCGAGGCUAAAACUGUAUAGAAAUGAUCCGAGAGGAAACAAAAUUACUUCGAGUUAGCGGGAGGUUUGAGUUAUCAAGGGUUCGAGUUACCAAGGGUAAAAUUACAGAAAAUGUAUAAAGGAAAUCCAGGGGAAAUUGAUUUUGAUUUGAGUUAGCGCAAGGUUCGAGUUAGCGAGAGUUCAAGUUAUAGGAAGUCAACUGUUCAUAUAGUGUGAGUUGCCUCACUUGGUGAAACCAAUGAUUAUUGGAUGAGGUUGAGUAUCAUAUAAAGAAUUAUGCAGAUCAAAGAGGGUUUUAUCAGCUAAGAUGUAAAACAGCCUCAGAGAUCUGCAUAGCAAAAAGAUAUUCUUCAUAACAAACAAAAGCCAAAUCCAACUUGCUUUUCUCAAUUGAAUUAAAUUGUCCAUUUUCAUAACACCUGCCUAUUCAUCAGCAGUUUCGGGAUAUAAAACGGAUGUUUAGUCUAGUGAUAUUUUUUGAACAGCAGCUGUCAUGUGUUGAGUGUUAUUUUUGCUUUUCUUAUUGCAUUUUUAGUGCAGCUAUUUUUUCUGUGCAAAACAUGUCAAAUCCCCCCCCCCCCCCCCUGCUGUCCCUUUUCCUGUUGAUAGUUGUACGCUUGGCAACAAUCAUACUGAUAAAGGCAAUUUCAAAUAAUAAUUUUAUUGUUAAUUGUCUUCCAUAUUUGUUUAUUGCAUGCUGGUUAUAAAGAAUUAGGCAGGGAAUUUAAGCUAAUCAGAAAUCAAGAAAUCUUUUUAAUGAACAAUGGUAACAAUAGAGAGUCUUGAAGUAAUGGCUGGUUAACAUGUGAAAUCUUGACUCAUGUAUCAGGGCUCGACGUUGCGACCCGUGGGGUCGCCAAUGCGACCAGCUUUUACUCAGUGGCGACUAAAUUUUCACGCCUGGUCGCCAACCUGGCCCCCACGAUAGGUGACUUUUUUCUUUGGGUAAACGUACACUAAUGAUAAUUUGUUAUCCUUUACACAACUAACGGAUAGCUAACGGUUUUUCUUAAGCUCUAACGUUUUGCCCAAACCCUCUAACGGUUUGUCUAAACGUUUUAACGAUUCGUCUAAAGGCUUUAACGAUUUCUUCCAACAAUCUAAGCUACGUUUACUUGAAAGAGGAUUGUGAAAUGAAUUAAUUCGACGGAAGACUUAUCGACUUUCGUACAAAUCGAUCGCAAUUCUCAACAGAUCGUCCCGUGUUUCUCCGGGAAUGACUUUUAGCGCAUCGAUAUUUAAAACAAUUUCUUUACGUUGAAAAUGUAUCUCGAUUGCGGACUCGAUAGCAGAUUAGUCUGAUAGAAGCUCAAGCUAAUCGAAGCUAAUCGAGAACGAACGGCGCUUACUUCUCGAGCUUCGCAAUUCUUGUAAACAACUUUACGCAAAUUUCUGUUGAGCGUGACGACGUAAAUAAAAGCUCUGCCGUAUUCUAUUGACUUCUAAUUAAGUAAAGUUGAAGUCAUGCUGUUUGUCUAACAGACUUCUCGCGAAAUCAACUUCUUUGCCCGAAAACAUUAGCAACGUUUCCUCUUUCUGGUCUUUCUGGAGACUUUCGAUCACGUGUUAGGCAACCGCGCAAUAGAUGAAGUUUCACCGAUGUUCAGUUCUGAACAUGCAAAUACAUGGGACGCAAAACAAAUUUGCAGAUUUUGUUCUUUCAUAAUCCAAAAAAGUUUUUUUGUGAUUCCUAAAUUUUGUUUUUUUAAUGUGUAUUCCAUUUCCUGAACCUUAAGCUUGAAUACCUGUUUGAGGAGAUUUACGCUUGAGUGCGGAUUCAUUUUACAGAACACCGGCUGGUAAUCGAGCGUCAGCGAAAACCAUUCGAAAGAAAGUUCAAAGGAAGUCUAAACCAUUCAUUUUCUGUUAAGGCUAAGUUAAAGAUGUUAAGUUUAUUUUAUCCCAUUAGUUCUUAAAUAUAAUUUUUGGCGACUAGAAUACUUGUUCUGGCGACCAAAAAUGAAAACUUGGGGGCCAGUUGGCCCCAAGAUUUUUUUCUGAAAGUCGAGCACUGUGUAUACCCUUCCGUGUAAUCUGUUUAUUAGUUUCCUCUCAUCCCUAGGAUAGUCCAGUGAAGACCAUAAAUACCGAUGGGCUUUUUGACUAUGUAAUAUUGUAAUGAUAAGAAGUGUGUUUUGGAAAGAAAGCAUAUAGAUUUUCAGAGUUGCACUUGACUAUCUGCUAGAUACAUUUGAAUACUACAUGUUUCAUUUUGCCUACUACAUUGUUUAUCAUCAGGCACACAGGGUAAGCUAUCUAUUGGAGUGUGAAAAUUAGUUAUAAUUGUAAUAGUUAUUAUUAAUAUCAUUGCUAUUAUUAUUUAAUUAUGAUAUAAAAGUGAUGGAAAAUGGCUGAUGCAAGUAAGCAAAAUUUUACAUUCCUUUGCUUCGACUUCUUUCAACAUUAUUUAAUUUUUGUUUUUUGUUUCAAAAAUAUAUGCUUGUCAAAAUAAUUUAGUGUUAUUAACUUUGAGCUGUACUCAUGAUUCAAAACACACCAGUAUCAUAACUUAGACCAUUUCCCUUCAUGACAAUUAUUAUCCUUGAAGAGGUUUUGAUCAGUCUGUACCAUGUGCAUUCUGCAUUAUACAUUGAUUGCAUUUAUUACAUAUCAUAAUGAUUAUUACAGCAGGAAUCCAGUGUGAAUCCAGCUCAGGACUACCUGUACCUAGUUGUUCUGGACGACUACCUUGACUUCUUCCUGCCUUCAGAUGGUUCAGCAAUUCCCUUGAACAGCAUGAAGGCUAAGACAUCUGUUGGAUUGGGAAGGAAUGUUCCUUCAUCUCGGUAAGUCUAAUUUUAAUUAUGUGUGUUAACCUUGUUGUGUAUCUGGCUUAAGGUGGCUCAGUAGGGUUUUUCAGGGUCAACACCUCCCAAGUUUGAGCAUAAACUACAUCGCUAUUAACAAUAAAGUAAGAUUUGGAAAAAUUACCACCACAGCUAUAUGAGUUAUAAAUGGAAAUUUGUUAAGAUCAGGGUUACAACGACGUCGGAGUUGUCAUAGCAAUGAUAUGACACCAUUACAUACUUAACUUGCAGCGGUAUUUCUCAGCACUGGGAACUGUUCUUCUAAAACUGUUCGUGGGCCAGCUUUUUCCUCUAAUAGCCACGUCUAUGUUCAUGCACUUUAAGCAAAAUCUGUAAGAUCAUUAUCGAGAUAUUUUAUUUAUGGUUAGAGAUAUUGUCAAAACUGGACAAUCUUGAUGUUCAGCCAUUAUUUGUAGAAAACAAAGCACCUUUUGAAGUGCAAUUUCUCAGGCUCAUACUAGUUUCAAUCUUUCCAAAAACUUGUGUGAAAGAUCAUAGAGAUAGCUUUAGCCGAUUUCUAGAAAGAAGGAUUUGAUUAGUAUGUAUGAAGGCUCUCCUUGUUAGCAGUUUUGUAAACAUUUUGGCCCACUUUAACAAAUAAGCACUUUCACUACGAUUAGAAUACCUAAACCAAACUACACCAAAGUGUAACACAGAACCUUGAUAUGUGAUGCUGAUCUGAUAUGAUGUUAUGUGAUAUCAAAGCAGCACAGCUUUGCUCUGUAACAAAACUUGCACCAAAAACACCUUUCUUAUUUUGUAAACAGGAACACUAUCCAUUAUGUUUUUCAUGCCGGCCCAAGAGCUAUCCAUGAGUAUAGUAAGAACAUAGCUUAAGUCUCUGUGGUACUUGUUCUACAAGUGCUUUAUAUACAUUCUGAAAGGGACAGCAUUGAAUGUACUUCCUUGAUGUAGUUUGUACUUAUGUUAUCUCUUUCUUUCUGUCAUUUGUCCAGGCAUGACUCAAGUCAUUAUGCAAGAACCCAUUAUUUUCAAAAUCAGUUUAAAGGUUUGAUCAAACCCACCCCAGGCAGAGCUAGUCCACCUACUACACAUCAUGGAAUGCUAAAUCAUGGCUCACAGGAAACCUGGAGAUCAGAAACAUUUCUUCAAGUUAGUAACAAACAAAUGGGGAAGAUUCACAUUUUCAUCAACGUUUUUUUGAAUAACAAAUUUUUAAUAAUUUAUUAUAUGAUACUUAUGAUAUGGUAUGAUAUGUACAUAUACGAUUGAGAACGCUUACUCUAUAGUUUACUCGUAGUAACUUUGAAAUAACAAUUAUUUCAAAGUUACUACAAGUAAACUUUAGAGUAUCUCAAUCGUAUAUGUACAUAUCAUAAUAUCAUAUCAUAAGUAUCAUAUAGUAAAUUAUUAAUGAAUAUUUUAAUCAAAACAAUUAUUGUUUUGAAUGUUUAAUUGAGUGAAUGUUGAAUAUUAGUGUAAAUGUUUAGUAUUCUUGAAUUUUUUUGGAAUAAAUUAUAAUCACUGAUUAAUGCUUUUGGUGAACUUUCCAGAUUCUCAUAGAAUUCUGGCUAAAUCAGAACACAGCAGACUCCAUCUCAAGAAAUGUUCUUUCACGUGGACAGGUAAUUACGUGGCAACUAAAUAACCUUUAGGUCAAACUACAAGUGUAUUGAACAGUAAUUUGAUAUAGCCCCAAUCUCAACCUUUCUUGGACUUGUCAUGUCUCAGACUUCAGAGCAUUAGUCCCCAGUUCUAUUAAUAGAACCGAGGACUAAUGCUCUGAACUCUGACACUCAACAAGUCCCAGAAAGGUUGUGAUUGCGGCUAUAUCAUAUUAUUGUUCAAAUUUUGCAGUCAGAGUCUAACACAGGGUCUUAAAAUUGAUAACUAUGGUAAGUAGAAUUUGCUGCCUUUGUUUUUAAUCUGCAAAUGGUAUUAUCUAGUCUUCUUGGACGAUAAGGGCAACAAACUGUAUGCCCCAUCACACAUAGCCUACAUCACAGACAUAAUCUAAUCCAAGCUAAUUAUGUCUGCAAAUUAAAGUAGUGUCCAGAUCCUUAUUUUGGAUGCCUUACAAAGUCAAAAUGAAUUACCGGGAGAGCGUUUUGGAUUUACCAUUAAACUGAUCGGCCAAAUGAACAAUGGUUUUUCCAACAAUCAUGGUGCAUACUCAAAUCCUGGCAAACAGCUUGGGGCCCAGAACACUUUUUUGGCGCUUGCUUGCAGAUGGAAUUAACCAGAGGUCUAGUUUCAUCUGUGGCGUAUGCUGCAUCUCACAGCUCCACACGGAACUGACUCUUAAGGGACGUGGGCCUGGUGUGUAAAAGGGGUUGAUAUCAAUAUUAUUGGGAUUCAAUACUUGUUUCAUUUUCUGUCACCAUGUCAAUUCACUGUGCUAACAUUACCAAUUUACAGAAGCAGGAUCGAGUUACAUCAUACUUCUUGAUAAUGAUAUGGUGCAUAAUUGUUUGAUAAACAGUGAAGGAUAUUUUUUGAAUUGUAGGAGUAUUUCAUGCCAACGUUAGACCAUGUGCGAGUGGUGAGGAUAUUAGUGAAGCAUGUCCAUUCCUUUGUGUAUGCCAAGGGACCUGAUAUGGAUCAACUCUCUGUUCUUCACCCUUAUGAUGAUCUAAGGAGGUAAAAUUUUACCAUAACAGAUAGCCUUGAAUCAGAGUAUUCAAAAACUGCAGAAUUUGAACUUAAGAAAAACCUUAUGGCUGAGAAGGUCCCUCCCAAAAAAGCUGUCCUAUUUGGGACUUGGAUACCCAUAUUUUUCACAUUUUAGAACAAGACAGUAAUCAACCUUUACUUCCAUAAAUUGCAUGUGACUGGUACAGAAUUAAUGCUAAUUUAAUUCUUUCUGUGGCCAGUGUUAGGAUUAAUAUACUUAACAUUAUAUACAUCCAUCAUAAAGACAUUUCAUGCAGUUUAAAAAAAAAUCCUUUACAGUGUGGCCAUUCCCCUUUGGCAGUUACUUUUACUUUAAUUUUAUUGUUGUUCAGGGUGUUUCUGUCUUGUGAUUCUGUGAUUGCAAUGUAAUUUUGUGACCGCUCCCUCUGUAACCAAUCAAUAUUAUGAAACCACCACAGUUUUGUUGUACUUUCAAAAUAGUGCUUAAUAUACUGUCUUUUUUUUUAAACCCUUUUUAAUGUAUUGAAAAUCAAAAUUUGAUUGUGGGCUGAUAGCACUCUUAGAAGUGAAAGGUUAUUUUCAUAACCUUUCAAAAAUAAUCACACAACUAUGAAUCACAAUGAAUUAGUGGUACUUGAUAAAUAGUCUGUGUGACAAAAGGAGACACCAGUUUACUAUAUGUUGUAGUUAAUUUUUAUCUGAGGUAAUUUUUCUUUUUCUUUUGUUUUUGGGUACAGUAGGCGGGGUAGUGUAUGCUAAUGAAAUUGAAACAAAAGAAAAAGAAAAAUUACUCGAGAUGAAAAAUUAACAACAACAAAUAUGUAUUCCAUGCAAAGUUGAUUUUACUUUGGCAUGGAUUGCUGCUUACAUUCUUUUUCUUUACUUUUACUUUUUCCUUAUCAUUUAGGGCCAUCAUUCCUCAGUUUCUUCAAAAGAAAUUAUAUCAUUUUCUACAGCACUGUUUUUCACAUUGGCCACUGGACCCCAACUUCAGAUAUGUGAGUACAAAUUAUUUUAAUUAUCCUUUCUAUAUAAAGAGUCUUUUCACCAUCAUGUCAUCAAAUUCUAAAAUCAAAAUAGCGAGGCCGCUCUGAAUUCUUAUGUAUACCUGGUUGAAGGUGACUGAUCACAUAGAAGUUUCCAGUCUGUAGAGUCUUUCAUUUUGGAAAUACAGCAUUUUGAAUUUCCAAAUAUUCACAGCGCGUGGCACCACAGUGGUAGCCCAGACAGAGGUGUCUGGUUAAAUAAAAGCUCUCUCCUUAUGAUUUUCAGCGGUUUUUUUCAUUUUAAGCAGUACAAAUGUGUUUAUGCACAUAUUAAUUAGUUUACAAGCAAAAAGAAAGCACUUUUAUCACAAAAGUGACCUCUCAGGAAAUAGCUCUUAUUUGUGAUUGGUCACUUUGUAAAAAUUCAAGGAGUGAAAUUAUGGGUAAAUUCUGUGUUGUGUAAAUGGUAGGGGUGCACAUCAAGAGUCGUGUUGAAAAAGUUGUGGGUUUUUUUUUUGUGGAAAAUCUGGUCCCUGUUAUAAUAAUUUAUCUUGGUCUUUUACUAUAGUAAUUUAUAAAAUACUGGUAACUGAGAUAGUACGCGCACUCUGAUUGGCCAAGAAGCAUGUUUAAGUGAGACUAUGCAAACACAGUUGAUAUAUCGAGAUGUUUUGCUUUCCAUGCACUUAUCACACAAGCAUGAAUUUGAAAGAGGUUUUGAGGUGAAAACUGGACAAGUUUACUUUGUUUACCCUUUUUCCUUGUCGGCUGAAACUUGAAAAAUCUUCACAAACAUGCUAUGUCAUUUUUUUUGCUGACAUUUUAAGCAAGAAAAAUCCAUAUUUUUGAAAGCAUCUUUUUCGCAAAACAAGAACUGAUUAUGCGUACAAAACUUUGUGUACAACACUUUGCAACUAGUAAGAAUUUCUCUUUCAAAGAGUUUUGUUUUUUUCUCAGAAAAGUAAUUUUGUAAAAGCAAUAGAAAACUUUUUUCCUAUGUUUGCAUAGCCUGAUAUAAACACUCAAGAGGUUGGGAGAAUUCUUGACAGUUAUGCAAACCCUUGACUUCGUCUCGGGUUUUACAUACCUGUCUUGAGCCUCUCUCAUUUUUAUAUCAGGCAAUGCAAACACAGAAAACGUUUUCUGCUGCUUCAGUGGCACUUAUCGUUCUUAUCAGUACAUGGAGACAGUAGUAAUCAGUGCAUGUUGGACUUUUGUCAUAUAUUCCAGGUUUUGGAGACCUGGCUGAGUUACAUUCAACCUUGGAGGUAUUCAAAAGUUCUCAAUGCAACAUCCAUUGAAAAAGAUGAUGACUCCAGAGAAAUGGCAAGUCCUGUAUGGUAAGCAAAAUGUUAAUUUAUGGCCCUUCCAACCUUACUCUCUAUCUCUGUUAGGGAAAGACCUCUGGUAACUUAAAAUCUCUAAUGCCAAGAAGCUCCUGUUACGUGAAGUAUAGUUACCAGAGGGGACUGGCUAUGAAACUGGAAAAAAAGUCAAAGGAGGAAAAAACAAUGCGCGGUAAUUUUUGCCUGUUGUCCUUCAAAGCAUUUUGAAAUUAACAAAUGAAGUAAAGAUGAGGCAAUUCACUACUGUUAAAACUUACAGUUAAAAAUUCAAGCUUUUGUCCAUCAACAGCAUGUUUAAUUACUGCAAACUAAAUGACAUAAGUUUUAAAACUCUUUGUCACCUUUUUGGCGUUAUUAACCAAAGCAUAUCAAUCACUUAUCAUUAAUUCAACCAACAAGGUAGUAUCAUGUCAUCCUAGUCAUCCCAGUCAUAUCUUAGCCAUCCCAGUAGCCCCAGUCAUUCCAGUCAAUCUUCUCAUCCCAGUCAUCAAAGUCAUCCCAGUAAUUCCAAUCAUUCCUAAACAUCCCAGUAUCCUGGGGCCUGUUUCUCCAAAGUUGUGGUAUUCUAGCCAUCACAGUCAUCCCGCUCAGCCUAGUCAUCCUGGUCAUCCCUUGUUAUUCCACUCAUCCUAGCCAUCCUCACCCCAGUCACCCUAGUGAAAAAUAUAUUUAAAGAAACAAGCAAAGUUAAAUGAGUUGAGGCAAACUCUGCUUCUUGAAAUAUAACCUUUUAUGGUACUAUUCUUUUUGUUGAAGUAAUGAAUACAAAAAAAACUACAAAUUACUGAAAAAUACUACAAAACACAAAACAUCCAAACAAAUUUUUAUGUACUCUACGUGGAUUACGACCACACACAAAAAAAACAGAUUAACAUAGAAACAUUCACAAUGCCAUCCAAAAAAAGAUAGAGACAUUGUUACUUGCAAAUUUUCAUGAAUAAUUAUAAACUUUCAAAAUGUAAAGUUGAGAUGGAUAUGGAGGAGACUCCAUCUAUGAGCUUACAAAUGGCAAAAAAUUCUUCUACUGCUUUAAAUGUGUAGUUAGUUUGUUUUGCCUGUUCACAGUAAUUGUCUUCUUUACUUGAUAAAGUGCAUUGAUCUUGGCUUUGUCUCAAACUGCAAACAAAAUCUCUCUUAUUGUAAAAAAUUGUAGUGUUAUCUCACAUUCACAAGCCAACUCAUCUUAGUCGUCCUUGGUACUCAUUCCAGUUAUUUUAUUUUCCUUAUUUUUCUUUUCUUUUUAUUUCUUACUGUCGACUUUUUCAGUUACAUUCAUCUGUAUCACGUGCGUACAGGUGGCUACACUCUUGUUUUUAUCCACCCAUUGUGACUGAAAAAUUAAUACUACAUUUUAUUAUGGUCACUCAGUUCAAAUUGGUAGGAAAGCGAUUGAAUGUUUCCCAAAAUGCAAAGAAAAAUGAGUCAUUAGUAAGUGUGUAGAAGCUACAAAUUUCAUUGUUUCCAGAAAGUAUGAAGAUUAUAAUUUUUUCGUAUUAAAUUUUUUUUGUUAAUUUUUUUGGGGGGAGGGGGUGGGGGGAUACUAAUUUUAUGUUGGUACAAGUACCAAGUUGUCUGGUGUGCAGCUUGCUGUUAAUACAUUAUGAUAAGAUCCUCAACAUGUAUUACAUUUAAUGAUUUAGCAGUCUACUUGUAUUCUUUUUUCCAGGAAAACGUUUGUAUUUGAGAACCUGUUGUUCUACUGUGCAUUAUUGUUUGAGUUUGUGUCACGAGCCUGUCGCUUCAACCUUUGUUCUGCUAAAGAUGCUCAGCUGUUGUUUAGAGUUCUGAAGGUAGGGGUUGUUGAAUUGUUUUAAGAACCUCUGCAAUUCAAACCGCUAUGGCAGGGUAUUUAUAUAAUGUCUUAAAUGAGUCUUUAAUAAUCUUUCCAAGGCUGGGUGUGCUGUCACUUUGUCAGUCUUUUCUGAGGCCGCCUCUCACCUCGUAGGUGAGGGAUAAUAUCGCUGUUGGUUCAGCACAAUUUUUGUUACACUCGAUUUUGGAAUUUAUGGCAGAUAAAGUGCCUGGAAAGAAUUAACAGUUAUUGCCUAUUCUUCCUGGAGGGACUGUUCUUCAGACAUUAGAAAACGAUUUUUAAAAAAACAGCAGAAAACGUUUGGAAAUGAUGGAAGAGAGAUUGUUAUUUCAAUGCCAAAACAGUAAAAAAUCACUUAAAAAAUAGAUUGUCGCUGUCAAUUCUUUCCUCCUUUUCUGUGGAUUGUCAGUGCUUUCUGAGAAGAUUGUUGCCAUUUUCGGGGGGCCAUGACACCUGUUGCUUCCUCCCCUUGGAAGGCCUCUUUAAUUUAAUGUCCUGUUAGAACAAGGACUAGAACCCUCAGAGAUCUUAAUGUUAUUAGUAUUAAUAAUUUCCUAGGUUGGCCUUGAAAAUUACAUUUUAUGGUGAUUUUGUGUUAUGUUAUUUCUCGUGAAAAAAAAAACUGCCCAACCUUGGGGAUAAUAAAAAAGUAUUUUUGGAAUAUCUGAGGAUACAUACACCGUUCAUGCAUACAAGGAACUAUUUUUUAUGUUUUCUACUGUCUGAUCUGUUAAUGGAAUUUUGCUUUCUUUCACUGUAAACUCCAUAGCUUGCAAUGAAACUACGAUUUAAUGAAGUAUGCCAUCAUUAGUAAUUCUUAAUAGGCCUCUGUCUUAGCUUACUUUCUUUUUUAUCAGGUAUUUGCUCAACCGCAUUUGGUGGAAAUGGUUGAAGAAGGUGUGUAUUUCUAUUAUAAUAAGGACGAUGACAGCCGUAAGGCAUCACUAAUAAAAUGUAUUUGCGUUCUUUCAAACUUCAUCAUUAUUAUUCCAUCCCAUUUAACUUGUCGGUGUAGGCAAAAUUAAGGUUUUUUCAAGCUGCAUAAUUUUUUUUUCGCUAACAUUUUCCUAGCCUUUGGACACAAACAUAUUUCUGGUUGUCACUUUGGAGAGAAGUGAUGACCAUAAAUAAGUCUCUAUCCACAGGCUAACAUUUUCCUUGCAUGAAUUUUUUUAGGGCUACUCCGUGUCCAUGAAUUUUUUUCAUAAGAUUUUCCAUUGCACAAAUAUUUUUUUGUACAUCACCCGGCCCCCAUAACUUUUCUAAUUGUCUGUCCCUUAUUAGCAAUGCCCUACUCUUUGCGGUUACUUCUACAAAUAAAUUUUUACCUGGAGACAUUAUUUAAUACCUGAAACAAUACUUGCAAGGCAUCAUUUCUCCCGUAUGAAAAAUAUUUGCAGAGACAACAAACUAAGAGAAUUCUAUUUUAAACUCUUACACGGAAUUGUCGUCCCAAAAGAGAACUGUUCACGUAUAGUAUUGCAGAAAAUGCGCUUUGUCCUUACUGCAGACAAAAUGAUUCAAUAAUUCAUACUUUUUGUAACUGCCACUGGACCAAGUGGUUUUUUUCAGAAGUAAUCAAAUGGUUCAACGUCGAGAAUGCCACCUCCUUUGCGCCAUCCUCAAGUGAAUUAAUUUUUGGUCUUAAUAAUGACAGAAAGAAUCAAAGCUCUUCGUCAAUUGUCAAAAAGCUCGAUUUUACUCUUUUGUUUGCUAAAUAUUACUUGUACAUAAAUAAGUUAGCUCCUAAGGAUUUAUCUUUGGAUGAAUUUAAGGCUAAAAUCAGUUGGAGAUACGAUUUCGAAAAAAGCCCGUCCUUCAAUUAGUUAGUAAGUAUCCAUCUUACCGGAAUAAUCUGUUAAUUAGCAGGUCUAUCAUUAUUGUGCGUAUUAUUACAACUGCUGUACUAUCUUUCUCGUCUUUAUGUAAUUUUGAUCCAAUCUGUAAUAUCGAUAUAUACUUUCUUUAGUUUUAAAUUUUGCAAAUGUAAUAUAUGUUUUGUCAAUAAACGUAAAAUUAUAAAAAAUAUAUAUAUAUUUAAUGGAGCCUUAAGAACGUGAUUUUUCUCUGUUUUAGGAGAGAAGGCUUAUUUAAUGCCGUCAGGGAGUCACCGUAACACCCCUCUGACAAGCCUUGGUACACCCAGCUCAAUAAUCAAGAGUCAUAUAAUGGACCUAGAAGGACCAUCAUACUCAUUCAGGUCACUCUUCCAUCUGCCUGGAGCAACCAAGGUCAGGUUUUCAACUAUGUUAUUUCAGCUCUUUCUUAUUGCUACAUUUAUUUUUGGUUAAUGUUUUGGCAUUUUGUGUCAUCCUUCAUGUGAGGCAGUCGUUCUACCCUCCAGCCUCCUUUAAGGGGUAAUAAUUCUGAUUUCUUUGUGUUCUGCCGCAUAGAUGGGUGAGCUUCACUCAAGAGUGUUAGCCGCGCUCGAUGAGGCUACCAACAAGAACCAAUCUCAGCAGUCACCUGAGGACAAUGAAGGCUUUUUUGCUGUCUUCAUGAGAGCCCUCAGAAGUGACACGUCCCACGGAAGUGAAUUUGAUAGAAAUGCUGAGGAGGGAACACUUGUUUCGUACCUGAAAAAAAGCUGCGAGUUUAUUUCAAAGAUUAUUAGAGUAAGUAGACACCUAACCUUGAGACUUUCAUUAUUGUGGGGUAAUGUUUACAGUGCUACUACUCGAACCGGCGCACUUGGAAGAAGAUUAUCCAAUCACAACGGUUUUCGAAAACAAAAGAUACUCAAGUUUUUUUGCAAACAGACCAAUUACUUUUAUGAAUUUGAGGGCUAUUUCCUGAGAGGUCAGGCAAGUUCAAACUUACGCAAAGCACAGGGAUGAGGCAAAAGUGUUUUGACCCUCGAUCGUUGUCGCCCGCAGUCUGUGACCUUCGUUUAUUACUAGUAUUUUUGUUUUGGCCAUUGUAGAUUUUAGCACCAUUAGUAGCCUGUUGCAGGUGUUCCCUCGUUUUUUUUCCCCUUAUUUUCCCCACGUACAAUUUUUAACUUGCUCCCCACCGUCUGAACACCGCGCUCUACUAUCUGAACGCCUGGAACAGGCUACAGCAUUAGCCGCAGCUUAAACAGUGCCAAUGCACAUUGUGCUGAAGCUAUGAAAAUCACACCCAUCAUUCGCCACUUUUACAUUGCCCAUAAUACACUUUUUUUGGAUCAAUGUAGGUUUGUGGGGAACUUCCCACCUACCCCUCCCCUUUUCCAACGUUAGCACUUACUUCUAACUUAGAGCAACAUGUUGGAUUAGGGGAGGGGGAGGUGGGUAGUUUACCUUCCCCCCCCUCCCCUCCCCCCAAAAAAAACAUGCAUAGCAAAAUUGUUUUUGCCUACUUUUGGAAUAACUGCAAUACACAGGAGAAAUUGAAAACAAUUCUUAUGCAAAAUUAUUUGGGGGUAAACUAGGUCCAUUAUGGGAAAUCUGGAAGUGGCCAAUUUUAAUACUUCGUAGGGUUCCCUAUCCUUGACCAUCUCAAAAACUAAUAUUUUUGUCUUUAGUCUGCAGAUUCUAUUGAUGGCAGUAUAUUAAACAGUUCUAUUCAAUGGGAGACAACUUCACCUGGUGCUGUAAAGAGGAAUGUGUCAUUAGCUAGUAACCAGUCUUCCUUGCCAGAUCAUGUUGAAACUGAUAAUGGGCCUGUACCCACUCCCCUCGGACGGUAUCAAGUAGGUGCAAUUUUCCUGUGCUUUUGGCUAUGUUCACACGAUACCGGAUAGCUUUUCAUGGCGUCACGAACAACUAUUCGCAGGAACAUAUAACCCGGAGCGAGUAACUCCCAUACUAGGCCUAUGUCAUGGCGUUUUUGCGGACCAGUUUAUUUUUAGACAUUUUAGGGCACUUUUCCCCGCGAAAACAGAAUCUCCACCAAGUCUUUGAGCGCAUUCGAAGUAUAAAAAGGAAACCUAAACGUUAUUAAAAGGUAGCCUGUUCACAGACCCUCUAUUUUCUCUUGAAAGUACGUCGAGCGCGGGUGAUAAAAUGUAAACCGCAAGAGAUUUAUUGACCGCCAGCGCAAGGGGGUAUAUUUUUCUUUCUCGCGAGCUCGCCGAUGUUUUUGAAAAGAAAAAUAAAACAGCGUCUGUGUACAGGCUAUUAAAAGGCAAAAAAUGUCAUUUUUAGGUCUGUAGGUUUUGCUGACUGGUUUGUGGAAUUUAAAAGAUAUUCAAAAUUGGCGCCAAAAACGUUCUUAAAAUAAACUGGUCCGUGAAAACGCCGUGACACGAGCGCAUGGAAGCUGCUCACUCCGGGUUAUGGGCUCCUGCUAUUCGGUAUGGUGUGAACAGCAACGGCCGGGGUAGGAUGCUUCCCAGCCGUUCUUUGUGUCGUCACGCAACACUUCUUCUCCUCCUUUUUCUCCUCCUCGUCCCCCUCUAGGUGCACUAAAUUCUGGUUCUCAAUCCUUAAUACUGUUUUCGGUCUCAGUUGGAUGCGGUCCUCGUUCCAACUUACUUCCGCGACGGGCCGAAUAGGUGUUCACACUACACCAAAGUAUGGCACAAAACCAAUCCGAUACGUGACGCCCCACUUUCAAGGUCGGCACGACGCAGCUUCGCUCCGUCAUAAAAAUAGCGCCGCCACAACCGUUCUACUUCUUUGUCGCGUCCAAGUUUCAAAUAAACGCCGCCCGCAAAUAAGCACCGCCCUUGAGUAAGCGUCAAAUUUGAGGCGUGAAAAAUGAAAUAAGCACCGCGGCGCUUAUGAGAGUGAAUACUGUAUCUCCUAGCCAUAGUCAAUUCAGUCAUUAUUUGAUUCUACGAUUUUCAUCGCACUUGUCAUCCCUUAGACGGACAUUUUUGUUUUUGUAGAUGAUAAAUGGCCUUCGCAAGUUUGAAGUCAAAUACAGUGGUGAUCCUGAACUUCAACCAAUCUGUAGUUAUGAAAAUCCAGCAUUGGUGCGCCUACUGUACAAGCUCUCCACACAUUUAAAUGAAAAGGUACAUGUUAUCUUCAGACUUAAGCUAAGU